GUGCAUCCGGCUCCUCCCCUUCAGUCUUGCACAGGUGUGCCGGCUCCUCCCCUUCAGUCUUGCACGGGUGUGCCGGCUCCUCCCCUUCAGUCUUGCACGGGUGUGCCGGCUCCUCCCCUUCAGUCUUGCACGGGUGUGCCGGCUCCUCCCCUUCAGUCUUGCGCAGGUGUGCCGGCUCCUCCCCUUCAGUCUUGCGCGGGUGUGCCGGCUCCUCCCCUUCAGUCUUGCUCUUGCGCGGGCUCCUCCCCUCUAGUCUUGCGCGGGGGUGCCGGGCUCCUCCCCUCUAGUCUUGCGCGGGGGUGCCGGCUCCUCCCCUCUAGUCUUGCGCGGGGGUGCCGGCUCCUCCCCUCUAGUCUUGCGCGGGGGUGCCGGCUCCUCCCCUCCAGUCUUGCGCGGGGGUGCCGGCUCCUCCCCUCCAGUCUUGCGCGGGGGUGCCGGCUCCUCCCCUCCAGUCUUGCACGGGGGUGCCGGCUCCUCCCCUCCAGUCUUGCGCGCGGGCGUGCUGGCUCCUCCCCUCCAGUCUUGCGCGGGUGUGCCGGCUCCUCCCCUUCACUC